AUGCCCUUGCCAUCCACCUCGCCGCCACAUCUACCGCCCAAAGAACAUGAUUACAUCAUCAUUGGCGGAGGAACGGCCGGCUGUGUGCUUGCCUCUACACUCGCUUCGGAUCGCAACGUCAGCAUUCUCCUCCUCGAAAAAGGCCACGAGCGCGACAAUCUCCUCUCGCGCAACCCGCUCUUCUCUCAGAACUUCGAGUUGCCUGGACUCCAAUCAGUAUGCCGACUUUCAGAGCCUGUGCUUGGUACUCGACAGCAGCGGGCCAAGAUAUGGGCUGCUGAGGCAAUGGGGGGCACGAGCAGGAUCAAUGGAUCGUUGUGGACGAGGGGCAUACCUGCCGGCUACGAUUUCUGGGCAAAGGAAUUUGGUUUGACAGAAUGGAGCUGGGGGAAGGUUGAGCCAUUCUUUAAAAUGAUUGAAGAGAAGGUACCGCGAAGGGAGCCGAAUGAGGUUCUAGAGAUGGUUGCCUUCGUGGACAAGACCGCCAGGGCUGUUGGACUGCCUCUGGAGGGCAAUGUCAACUCGCCGAGGGCAAAGGCACAGGCGUGUUUCAGGAUGCACCAUACAGUUGAUGAGAGGGGGACGAAGGCCUCACAGAACAGGAUUUGGUUGGAUUCGGAAACAGUGAAAAAGACACCAAAUCUGAUCAUCGCCACGGGGUAUACAGCGACAGCUUUGCAGCUCAACUCAACAGGCGCCAGGGUCGAAGGUGUAUGGGUGAAAGAUGCUACAGGGAAAUACCCCGGCAUGAAUCUGUUCAAAGUCAAAAAGGAGAUCAUUGUCUGCAGCGGGGUUGUUGGUACACCAGAGCUCCUGAUGAAGAGCGGCAUUGGUCCUCGAGAUCAACUCACUCCUCUUGGUAUUCCUGUUGUCCGAGAACUGAACCACGUUGGCCGCAACUUGACAGACCACAUUUCAUUUCCUAUCAUGUCUGAAAUACCGCAAAAUCACACCAUACAUUCUCUCCAGAACCCUUUUGUACUCGUCUGGCAGCUUCUGAAGUGGCUUAUAUGGGGCAAAGGUCUUCUGGCGGCCUCCAGCACCCCAAGAACGCUCUUCGUCCAGAGCAGCGCUAUUGAUGACACGUCCAUGUCGAUUCUCACCCGCAACCCAGACACAGGGCAAUGCACAAUGGACCCCAAUGACACAGCCAACAUUCCCAACAUUGAGAUCAUGGUCACUCCCGUCAACACCUUCAUGGAAGCUGUCAUUCCAAACAAGUCACUUACGUCUUGGUACGCAACCCUCGUCCAGCCAUUCUCGCGCGGCCAAGUCCAGCUUUCGCCUUCUCCAUCCGGGCGAAGUGAGGACGACCCGGCCAUCAAAAUCAUUUACCCCAUGAUGACGGACGAGAGAGAUUGGGCGGUCAUGAGAAAAGCAAUGCGAUUUGGCAUGAGAUUUGCGGAGGAGUUUGCCAACCAGUAUCCCCACUCCGCUGUCUUGAGCUUCGCGCCAGGGAUGGACCUCAUGUAUCUAGAUUCUGUCAUUGAGGCCAAAAGGGCCAAGGGGAAGACCAACAAGGCAGAAUCUUCAGCGGGGGUCCCAGAUAUCACUGAUCCUCACACCCAAAUGUCUUCUUCAUCGUCGCAACAGGUACCUCAGGGGUACAGAGGAAAGACUUGGCAAACUGUGACGGAUUUAGAGAUUGACGAGUAUGCAAAACGGGUGUGGGCUUCUGCUCUGCAUGCCACUUCGACGUGUCGCAUGUCCCUUUCACCAGAGGGCGGCGUGGUGGAUCAGCGGUUGAGGGUGCACGGGAUUGAGAAUCUGAGAAUUGCGGAUGCAAGCGUCUUUCCUGCCAUUCCCAGUGCGCAUACCAUGGCGCCUACUGUUAUGGUGGGGAGAAGGCUCGGGGAGAUGAUUUUGGAGGAGGCCGGCCGAAGUGGGUAAAGUUGACCUUACCACCAAGUCAUUUUCGUCACCCUACUUUGCGGUACAGUUAUUCUGUUUGGGGGGUAGUAUGAAUAUCUAUUCUGUCUUCAGAUAUUUAUUUAUUCAUUUAUUUCUAUAGAAGGUCGUGAGAGGCUUGGCUGGAUAAACAAGCUAGUACAUGUUGUGGAAAACAAACCCACUUUCGCCUAAAUCCAGCU